GCAUCAGAAUGUGUGGUAUAUGGGCCUUGUUUGGUAGUGAUGAGUGCCUUGCUGUUCAGUGCACUAAUGCCAUGAAAAUCGCUCAUCGCGGUCCAGACGCUUUCCGCUUUGAGAAUGUCAACGGUUUCACCAACUGCUGCUUCGGGUUUCACCGCCUCGCUAUCGUGGACCAGCUGUAUGGCAUGCAGCCUCUGCGAGUCAAGAAGUUCCCUUAUCUUUGGUUAUGUUACAACGGAGAGAUCUACAACCACAUCAGGCUGAAGAAUCAGUUUGAGUUUGAGCAUCAGACUAAAGUCGACGGCGAGAUCCUUCUGCACCUGUACGAUCGCUUUGGAAUCAAGAAGAUGGCCUCCAUGCUCAAUGGCGUAUUCGCCUUCAUCUUGUUGGACACGGCUAACAGGAAGGUUUUCAUAGGCAGGGACACGUACGGCGUGAGACCACUGUUCAGACUGCUCACCGACGACGGCUUUCUAGCUGUCUGUUCUGAGGCCAAAGGUUUGCUAGACCUCAAAACCUCCAUGUCCACUCCUGCAAAGAUCACUCCCUUCCCACCGGGACACUUUGAAGUGUUUGACUUGAAGCUCACUGGAAAAGUGGAGUCUGUUCAGAUGGAUCGCUUCCACUGCUGCACAGAAGAACCCAAACACGCCGCCUAUAACAACCUGGAGGGUCUUGGCACAGGCUUUGAACUGGAGACGGUCAAGAGCAACAUUAGGAUCCUGUUUGAAGAUGUGGUAAAGGACAGAACCACAGCUGCACAUGGACUGGAGUUGAGAGUGCCUUUCCUGGACCAUAGGUUCACCGCAUACUACCUCUCUCUGCUUGAAGAGAUGAGAGUGCCUAAGGAUGGUGUGGAGAAGCAUCUCUUGAGGGAAGCAUUUAAAGGGUUGAAACUCAUCCCAGAUGAGAUUCUCUGGAGGAGAAAGGAGGCCUUCAGUGACGGUAUGACAUCCAUGAAGAAAUCCUGGUACACCAGCCUGCAGGAGUACAUCGAGUCUGAGGUGAAUGACUCUCAGUUGGAGAAGGCCAAUACGCAGUUCUCUUUCAAUCCACCCACAACCAAAGAGGGCUUGAUAAGGCAGAUCUUUGAGAAGCAUUACCCCGACCGCUGUGAGUGGACACCACAUUACUGGAUGCCCCGCUGGAUCAAGGCCACUGACCCCUCGGCCAGAACCCUGUCCAUUUACAAGCCAGAUAAAGACCAGUUAUCACAUUAACCAGACCACAUCAAGCUUCAGACCUUGCCUAGACCAUACAUUCACUACUGCAUACAUACGUGCCAGUUCAAACAUUACCAUAAUAUAUUUUUUGC